CGCCGUCCUGCGGCGCCGCUGUUAGGCGGGUGGGAGGGUGACCAUGGCGGCCACGUUCUUCGGAGAGGUGGUUAAAGCGCCGUGCCGAGCCGGGACGGACGACCAGGAGGAAGAAGAUGAGGGGAAAACGGAGACGCCGGAAGACAGGGAGGUCCGGCGGCAGUUGGCGCGGAAGAGGGAGGUGCGGCUCGUUCGAAGACAGACAAAAACAUCUUUGGAAGUUUCUCUGCUGGAAAAAUAUUCUUGCUCCAAGUUUAUAAUUGCAGUUGGAAAUAAUGCAGUAGCAUUUUUGUCAUCAUUUGUUAUGAAUUCAGGAGCCUGGGAAGAAGUUGGUUGUGCCAAACUCUGGAAUGAAUGGUGUAGAACGACGGACACUGUGCAUGUGUCCCCCACAGACGCUUUUUGCGUGUUUUAUCAUCUAAAAUCAAAUCCCUCGAUUUUCCUGUGUCAGUGCAGUUGCUAUGUUGCUGAAGAUCAGCAGUACCAGUGGCUGGAGAAGGUUUUUGGCUCUUGUCCAAAGAAGAAUAUGCAAGUAACUAUCCUCACAAGUCGACACGUCACAGACUAUAAAACUUCAGAAUCUACCAGUAGCCUUCACUGUCCUUUCCUGAGAGCCCUGAAAACACAGAAUUUCAAAGAACCUCCAUGCUGCUCGCUGCUGGAACAGCCGAAUAUUGUUCACGAUCUCCCUGCAGCAGUUCUGAGUUACUGUCAAGUAUGGAAAAUCCCUGCCAUUCUGUACUUGUGUUACACUGAUGUGAUGAAAUUAGACCUAAUUACAAUUGAAGCUUUUAAGCCUGUCCUUUCUUCCAGAAGCUUAAAAGGUUUGGUUAAGAAUAUCCCCCAGAGCACAGAGAUACUGAAGAAGUUGGUGACGACCAAUGAGGUUCAGAGUAACAUUUACACGUGAUUCCAGAUAGCUUGUUACGUGUGUCACCUGUCCAUUCCUGUAGGGGGCGCAGCUGCACUGUUUCAUUAGGUUCCUUUUUUUUCAAGGGAGUAUUUUGAGGGUGUUACAAGCAGAAUAAACUUAUUUUAAAUUCAUUGUAGUUAUAGUUCCUUUUUUAUGGUGGUGCUGUUCAUGGCUGAAAUAAGCAGACGUUUUUAUCCACUAGAUGGGAGUAUUGUUUUAUUUGACUAUUUUGAGGUAAUAUAGUUAAAUUUUUCAAAAGCUACAGGUUAUGUUAAUAUGGCAAAGUAUGGUUAAUUUGGUGUAGAAACUCUGAUAUCAGAAAGUUGGUAGCCUGCUGGAGGUCCUAACAUAUGGAGGGUUUCUGACUAGGAGGAGUUCUACAGGUUUUUCAUGGAUAAAAGUUGGUAAUAAGGUAGUAACAGUUGUACAUUCCUCAAAAUGAAACAGACAGAAAGUUGCAUCCUCACUUCAGUAAUACGUUAAGUUGGUGUUAGCGUGAGCCCUGGUGGGGUCUCCCGUUAGAAUGGCGGUGAGUUGUGAACUCCAGGUAGCCACACCACUCCACACGGCCGCGGACUCAAGUUCAUUAGUGAAAAUAAAUUUUAAAAUGGUGGAGUUUAUGAAUGUCUUUUAUCCUUUUUUCUUUUUUAGUUAUGGAAUCACUUAUAGACAGGGUGCAGCAGAAGUGUAAUGCCUGCUUGAGUAUGGUUGGUAAUAAUAUGGGUGUAAUAAUUUAUGGUUUUAAUUUGAACAUUUUACCUAAAAUGUCAUAUGGUGUG